AACCUUCCAGUCAAAACCCGGGACAUAUUCGAGUCAUUUGUCAGUUCGAUAGGAUGUCUUUUUGUUAUUCAAAGUAAAGUGUCGGCCGCAGUCGUUCUCCUUAGCUUAGCACGACAUUGCCGCAUUAUCCGCCGUGCAUAACCAAACAGACGUCUUUGCUGCAUUUGCGCAGUUGUGAUAGUGUGGCAUGCCUCACAUGCCAUGUUAAGGCCGCUCAGACGUGGUUCCACCGGCUCAAGGGAGGUUCUUUGAUAGUGCCCAUAAACGAGUAGGAUUCAUUCUUGAAGCCACUGCAGCAUCUUAAAGCAAAGAUAAAUUGACCUGACAUCUAUUGUUGUUGGUCCGUUUUGAUUUUGACCGACCGCCUCAUAUUUCAAGGUGUUAGCAACGACGUCCUUCCUUGGAAAGAGAAUGCCCAACACUUACAAACCUCUGCCAUAUCGAGCUUCUGCCUAUGGAACCCAAUGGUCCUCCACAAGCUAGCCUGGCCGAUUCUUCAUCUAUUCGCCGAUGUUCCGGAGCCCUUAGUCCAAAUCCUGGAUCGCUGGCUAGAAGAGCCUCCGGUACCAGUUCUCUACGCUCAGCAGCACACGCAUUCAACCGUAAAUCUUUAGAAGGCGCGGAUUCGACCUCCUUCAAAAUUUACAUCGAGGACAUCGACCAAGAAGAUAGCAAGCCCUCAGUCCUACUCGUAUGCCCGAAGGCGAACUCGCCUAAUCUUCUGGAUGGCGGAUACUCUCCGUCGCUACCAUUUCAAGGUGAAGACGUAUCGAAAACAUUCUACAGUUACCUGCUUGAUCGACCGUCGACAACGCCUGCUAUCAGCUUGACGAUUGGUGGAGACCGCACAAUUAGUCCUAUAUCGUUAACGCCACAACCCUCAUACGUGGACCGGGGCACUCCAUCAGCCUCCUUGCAAACCGUUCGGACCUCAGACUCGCCCAUCCCACUCUUGCCUACUUCAGGAUUCCUCGGACGUAGACCUUCCGUACGUUCAUUACUCUCUCGUCUAUUUUCCCUCCGUAGAGGGCUGCUUCCACAAGACGCACUACACACAUCAAAUUCACACGUCCCUCGCUCUCCCUCAGGCCCAUCUACGUGGUCAAGCAGCAAUACCGAGAAAUUCUCUUCGCUCAUCUCUUCCACGCGAUCCAAUUUCUCAACAAACACGACUAAUACCAUCGAAUAUCCUAGGUUACAGUCUUCCCUCAGUACUUCUGACAAGUUCACGCACAAGUUCACGCACAAGUUCCCCAUCCAUCGAUCUGUGAAGAAACUUUCAACCCUUGGGCGAGGGUCUCAAGGAGGACCAGCUUUCGCCGCUACUUUACUAGGCGAAGGCGAAGGUCUAGGGAUAGAAACAGUCGAUCGUUGGACAAGUCACAAAUGGUGUCUUCUGCUUUCUGUUUGUACGGUCUUCACCUACGGAAUGGCAGGUCUCAUUUGCGCCGUCCUAACCUGGUUCAAAACUUGGGAACACGCGGAUAUCAUGCUUGUAACCGACUACAACAUCCUCACCUUGCUUACCAUAUAUUCCGCCAUCCUACUUUUGACAUCCCUAGUCGGCACCACCGGUACAAUCUUGAACUCUCGACCCAUCCUCGCAAUCUAUGCUCUACUCCUCUGGCCAGCCCUGUUUUCUAUCCUCGUCAUCGGUUAUGCCUCAUAUAAACGCUACGCUUUCUCUCUCGAUCGCAAACUCAACUUCGCCUGGAGUCAAUGGUACAGCCCACUAGAUCGACUGAUCAUCCAAAACGCUCUUCACUGCUGUGGAUUCUACAGCCCCCUACAUGAAGUUACUCCCAGUAAUCGAUGUUACGUUCGUACGUCCCUUCCAGGAUGCAAAGCCAAGUUGUAUGCUUUCGAAAGGAUGACCCUACGGACGAUCUGGUUUGCCGCCUUUUCAUUGGUUCCUGUACAUAUUGCCAAUAUCCUGGUGGCGUUGUUGUGUGCAAACCAGGUUACUAGGACGUUUGGGAAGGGCAUUACUCCGAAGCAGUAUAGGCUUAGCGGAGAGGACGUCAAGGCAGACGCAGAGAAACUCAUGGAAAUCUUCAGAGAUGCAGGUACAUUGGGAAGACCCAGGAUCGCUAGGGCUUCAUCCAGUUGUAUCUUUAGAGAGGAUAGGGAGGAAGCCGCAUCUCCGGCUGAAUAUAAUGCAGCAAGGAGGCGGGAAUGUUCUAAGAACGGUUGAGGUUGAACUUAUGUUGUUUUUGCUUUAGUCCAGUCUAAUUGAGGCACUCGCGUGGAACUGCUACGGUUUAUCUACAAGAUUCUAUUUGUCUAAAGCGUGCUACAUAUGAAGUGUACAACAAUUAAAUGACCAAGUCGGAUGGCAUGGAAUGGUAUACGUGCGUG